AUGUUCUUGAUAGAGAACAGGUCAAAAGACCUCCUAACUGACGACGUCAGAUGUACUCACGGUUCGAAACUUGAAGAAGAUCGACAUGUGCGGUACUGCGGCCGCGCCCGCCUCUACACUGCCGCCGCCCGCCCAACAACGGCGCCGCCGGCCUCGAAGCGAUUGCUCUACGCUGCCCGGGCUGCGCGACGCAAUCUACAAACACCUGAUAGGCACACGUGUGCUUUGCUGCGAUAA